GAAAAUUAAUUCGAUUUGGAGAUCCGUGUACUCGACCCGGAAUUCCGCACAUAUCAGCUGUGCCCUUCUUGGCUCCGCCAUUGACAGGAUCGCAACGCAAGUCCAUUGGUGCGAGAGUAGUAGGUUCGAUAAGCUUGAAGGAGGAGAAAUGCCUGUGAUGGAGAAGUUGAAGAUGUUUGUGGUGCAAGAGCCUGUUGUUGCAGCUUCUUGCCUCAUCGGCGGCGUUGGCUUGUUCCUUCCUGCUGUUGUGAGGCCAAUACUGGACUCCUUUGAAACAUCCAAGCAAGUUCCACCACCUGCUUUGAAUGAUGUUGUUGCCAGCAUGACUGGUAAAAAGCAGGCUUGACAGAGACAUCAAGAGUAAGCAAUGCUUCUUUGUUUACUCUGAGAAAGGGACUAAUAAUUGAUUUAUGUGGUGUUAGAACAAAGAAUUACCUAAUGUACUGAUGAUUAUUUUCCUUUACUUGUACUAGCAGAUUAGUGAUUAUCAUCUUGUGGAACUGUUGGCUUUUUCAUGAUAUAAAUUGGGAGUGUAAGAGCCCCAAAUUGCUUUUUGA